GAUGCCAACAUGGCAACGGUUGGGGCUGGUGGUUCCUCGGCGACGACUGGGCCCGGGGCGGUGUCCACUGAAGCCUUGGAACCUGGGAGCGCUAGUGCAGCUCACCGGCGACUCAAAUACAUCUCUCUAGCUGUGCUGGUGGUCCAGAAUGCCUCCCUCAUCCUCAGCAUCCGCUACGCCCGCACACUGCCUGGGGACCGCUUCUUUGCCACCACUGCUGUGGUCAUGGCUGAAGUGCUCAAAGGUCUCACCUGCCUGGUGCUGCUCUUUGCACAGAAGAGGGGUAAUGUGAAGCAUCUGGUUCUCUUCCUCCAUGAGGCUGUCCUGGUGCAGUAUGUGGACACACUCAAGCUUGCAGUGCCCUCUCUCAUCUACACCUUGCAGAAUAACCUCCAGUAUGUGGCGAUCUCCAAUCUGCCAGCUGCCACUUUCCAGGUGACUUACCAGCUGAAGAUCCUGACCACAGCACUGUUCUCCGUGCUCAUGCUGAACCGCAGCCUCUCCCGCGUGCAGUGGGCCUCCCUGCUGUUGCUUUUCACCGGAGUCGCCAUUGUGCAGGCCCAGCAAGCUGGGGGUGGGGGCCCACGGCCUCUGGACCAGAACCCAGGGGCAGGCCUCGCUGCUGUUGUGGCCUCCUGCCUCUCAUCUGGUUUUGCAGGUGUCUACUUUGAGAAGAUCCUUAAGGGCAGCUCAGGCUCUGUGUGGCUGCGGAAUCUACAACUGGGCCUCUUCGGCACAGCCCUGGGCCUAGUGGGGCUCUGGUGGGCCGAGGGGGCAGCGGUGGCCCGCCGGGGCUUUUUCUUUGGCUAUACACCUGCUGUCUGGGGUGUAGUACUCAACCAGGCCUUUGGCGGCCUGCUGGUGGCUGUCGUGGUCAAGUAUGCUGACAACAUUCUUAAGGGUUUUGCCACGUCCCUGUCCAUUGUGCUUUCAACUGUUGCCUCCAUCCGCCUCUUUGGCUUCCAUGUGGACCCACUGUUUGCCCUGGGCGCUGGGCUGGUCAUUGGGGCCGUCUACCUCUACAGCCUUCCCCGAGGUACAUUCAAAGCCAUAGCUUCUGCCUCCACCUUGGCCACAGCCACAGCCACAGCUGGGCCCUGCACUCAUCAGCAGCCUCCAGGGCAGCCACCACCACCACCAUCUUCCUACCGUGGAGACCUCAGGAUGGAACCCCUUCUUCCCAAGUCAGUGCUGGUGAAGUUGCUCACCAAGGUGAAGGGUUCGUAGCCGCUGGGAUCGACGACGCUAGCCUGGGCUCCGUUCUCUCCUUUGGCCCUGGCCCAGCCACAACCCAACUCUCUGAUCAGUAUUAGUGGUGGGAGAAGGUAGUCAACGACCCACCCACCCCCAUCCAACCCUCAUUUCCCUCCCUAAAGAGUUGAACAAACUUGCUCUGGGAAUGAAAGCCUGGAUAGGACUUAGCUCAGUCUUUACCCCUCCUGUGUACCCUGCUAUCCCCACACACUAUUUCUUAGGGUUUUUU